AUGUCAAGCAAGACGGGAUUGAAGGGUGAUCCUAUCUUCGACGCUUUCUACGCCUCUCAAGUCCAAUUCCAGAACGAUACCAUAAUCGUACAAAAUAUUACUCAACGUGCUGGUGCUGCUCUUCUGGAUCGGAUUGGCCCUGCAAUCGUUAUCACUCAUUCCCAAGCAGGGCCGCUCGGCUUCCUGAUAGCAGACACCCGGCCGGCAUCAGUGAGGGCACUCAUCAGUCUCGAGCCGCAAGGCCCACCGUUCGAAGAUCGCAUUCUCAGAAAUAGCACUGCUAUUGCACGUCCAUAUGGCCUCACCAACAUUCCGAUUGAGUAUGAUCCACCGGUUGUGGAUCCUGCUACGGCCUUGCCGUACAUGACAUUGCCUCCUCCUGGACCUGGUCUAAGCGACUGUAUCCUACAAGCGUCCCCAGCAAGACGAUUGGUCAAUUUGGCCAAAAUUCCACAUCUAGUGGUCACGUCGCAGGCGAGCUACCAUGCUGCAUAUGAUUAUUGCACAGUACGGUAUCUUCAACAAGGUGGCGUAAUUGUGGAUUUUUUGGACCUUCCACAUGCUGAAAUCCAUGGCAAUGCACAUUUUGUCUUCUUGGAGAGAAACAACCUCGAGAUUGCAGCUAAAGUAGAGGAGUGGAUAAGGAAAAAUGUCACUAAUCCUUGCGAGGCAUCGCCCCUCAUUUUCAACCAUGAAUGCGAACCCUCUUCGAUACUAAACAAAAGCCUUUCGCAAAUUGCAUCAGUCGCAACACCUGGAAUGGCCUCACGAAAGAAAGCCGCGAAGCCGAAACUCAAUCCCUCGAGUUCAGGAAGCCUGGAUUCUUAUAUCAGCCCUAAAAAGUCUGUAGGUCAACCGGACGCGUCAGAGAGCGGACUUGAUGAUCCACAUUCAAUUGUUGCGGGGCCAGAGUCAACUGCAUCGACUCCAGCUUCCUCACAGCCAUUGAAACGCAAACGCGCCGACAAAGAUAUGCCAAACCCGAAAUGCCUCGUCCGCAAGAACACCAACGAAGACAAAGGGCGCCGAGCGAAAGGCUAUGCCCCACCCAGCACCUAUGACCAUCUACCUCCUCUCACAGAUACUCUAAUUCCCAACCUCUUGUGUGUCACGGUAGGCCUUAAUCCAGGCAUCCAAACCGCCACCAAGGGCCACCCUUACGCGCAUCCUUCAAAUCUUUACUGGUACCUCCUUCACACGUCUGGAUUGAGUCCCGACCGCCGCCUUGCUCCUUCUGAGUACGUAAUUUUACCAGAGAAGUACUCCAUAGGUAACACCAAUAUCGUAUCAAGAGCCACGAGGGAUGGGUCGGAGUUGAGCAAAGAAGAGAUGGUGGUCGGAGCGGGCGAGCUAGACGAGAAGAUUCGGAAAUGGAAGCCAGAGGUGGUGUGUCUCGUUGGCAAGAGUAUUUGGGAAGCGGUAUGGAAGUGGAGACACGGGAAGGCAAUGAAGAAGCAGGAGUUCAAAUAUGGAUUUCAGGAUAAAGGAGAGAACAUGGGGAGACGGCCCAAGAAGAAGAGCAAUAAUUUCUUCGAAAAGCCGAAGCGAGGAGCAGAUAAGAAAGAAGAUGAUGCCGAUGAUGAGGACUUAUGGGACGGGGCAAAGGUGUUUGUGGCGACGAGCACGAGCGGGCUGGCUGCUAGUCUGAGUAAGAAGGAGAAGGAGGAGAUCUGGGCGGAAUUGGGAUCGUGGGUGCAGAGGAGGCGGGAGGAGAGGAGAGUAACAGGGGAUAAAGGUAUGGCUGUUGACAGCGUGGGAGAUAAUGAUGCGGCGUAG